ACUCUUAUUGUUUUAGGAGCAAGCCAUCCUUGUGUGCAAUCAAUGGAGUCAUUGGUAGCCAACUACGCCUCUUCAGACGAAGAAGAUGAAGCGAAGCGUCCUUCUUCAGAUUCCAAUUCCAGGGCUUCCUAUCUUUUCUCCGCUCUCCCUAAACCCGCACAACCGAGAAAAGCCUCUCUCUACGAUGACGAAGAAAUCCCAAAAUCCGAUAAACCUAAACCCUCCUCUCUUUUCUUUUCUCUACCUGAACCCAAAUCACAAGACUCGGAGCAAUCUGUGUCUAAUCCCUCACCCUCCGAACCAAAACCCAAGAGGGUUGUUCAAUUCAAGCCUCCUAUGAUCCCCUCUUGGGCAAAGUCUGCGAAUUUCGAAGACGAUGACGAAGAAGAUGAGGACCCAAAACAGAGCAAGAGACGCCAAGAACCUGUGCAAGCCUCUUCGGUGAAGUCCUUCUUGUCGAGCAUUCCUGCGCCAAGGAAUUCUACAACCUUGGGUGCUCUUCCAUCGGCCUUGGGUUCUGGACGGAGAGCCAUGGUGGAGAUGGAAGCAAUGGAUUUGACUUUGCGUGAAUCAGGUAUGGAUCAGAGCGUUGGAAAUCAAGAUGGUGUUGUCCAUCAAAAUGAAGGGAAUUAUGUGAAUCAUGCUACGACUUAUGAUGGGAGCUAUGUAUCAAGUACUGAUCAAUAUCCUGGCAAUGGCGAGGCUUCAAGCCAUUGGGGCUACGAGAGCUAUGGUAGUGAUGGAAAUUAUGCUGAUUCGGGGCAAUAUGAGAUUAACUGGGUAGACAGGUCCGUAUCAAUGGUACCAGAGGCUGCAGGAGUAAGUGAAAUUAAAGUGGCAGUGCCGGGUAAGAGGAGGAAGAACGACGUUCCAACUGAAAUAGUAGAGGUGAAGCAAGAUGAGUUAAUGAAGAAUCGGCCAAGAGCAGACCAGGCCAAGUUAACUGGAAUAGCUUUUGGGCCUUCUUACCAGCCUACGUCAACCAAGGGAAAGCCUACAAAACUUCACAAAAGGAAGCAUCAAAUUGGUUCACUAUUCUAUGACAUGAAACAGAAGGAGAUGGAAUUGGCAGAGCGACGUGCCAAAGGCUUCCUAACGAAGGCUGAAACACAAGCGAAAUAUGGGUGGUGAUUUCUUCUGAUGUUUCCUCGCAAAGAUGUUUGCGAUUGAGGUUUAUCUUCCUUCCAGAGAUUGUGAUAUGGAUGUUCUGCUUGUUACUAAAAUUUUAUAUUCAUUUUAUGGCUCUACUGAACACAUCAACUCCGUUAAAAAAACAAGGAACAUUGUUUUCUUACUCGCUGUUUUAAAAAAAUUUCCGUUUGUUCCCUGCU